AUGCUACCGAUUGUAACUAAAGAAUAUGAUUCAGCAAUUAAAUAUUAUAAAAUAUUAAUGAUAAAUACUGCUGAUGAGAAUGCUGAUCACUUAUAUCGUUAUCACACAAGUAUUGCUAUUUGUUAUGAAAAGAAAAAUAAUUAUAUUCAGGCAAUAACAUAUUAUGAAAAAAGUUUAUUAUUAACAAUAGAUGAAUUAAAACGCGGUGACAUUUAUUAUGCAUUAGCUAAUAUCUAUUAUCAACAAGACAAAUAUCAUUUAGCUAUUGAGUAUUUUCAACUGUCUUUAACACAACUAUGUGAUAAAUCAGAUCGUACCACUAUUCAUCACAAAAUUGCAUAUUGUUAUUAUUAUGUAAGAGAAUACGAUUUAUCAAUUGAUCAUGGUAAAAAAGCAUUAGUAAUGCAACAAGUCAGUGGUAAUAAUAUUCAUAUCGUGCAUAUAAUAGCUUUGUGUUAUGGAAUGAAAAAUGACUACGAUAAAGCAUUAGAAUAUUACAAAAAAUGUUUAGAAAUAUGCAAAAAAUUUGAUUUAUCAACAUCGCAAAUUUUAGAUUCAACUGCAUGCAUUUACUAUAGAAGAAACGAAUAUGGCGAAGCUAUUGACUGUUGGGUAGAAUUAUUAGAACAACACGAAUAUAAAGCACCAUUUGACUUUUCGUAUCCUCAACUUGGACUUGUUUUCACAGGCGAUGAAAUUGGUCGUAUUAACAGAAAUCUUGGCUGGUGUUAUAAAUCAAAAAUUGAGUACAAUGUUGCAUUGGAAUAUUACAAAAAAUGUUUGAAUUUGUUUACGACACAAUCAGAUAUUGCUGGUGUGUAUCGUUUGAUUGGAUCAGUAUAUGGUGACAUGAACGAAUAUAGUUUAGCAAUUGAAUACUACUUAAAGGCAUUACCAAUACGUGAAACAAAUGAACCGUGGGAUAAACUAAAAAUUGCAAGUGAUUAUAAUAAUAUUGGUUGGUACUAUGGUUUAAAUAAACAAUAUGAUUUAGGUGUUGAAUAUUGUACAAAAUCAACUGAUAUUUAUGAAGAAUUUUCUUUACUAGAAGCAGAUCAAGAAAAGUCUUAUAGUAACACUCUUAAUAGUUUAGGUGUAAUAUACUAUGGUAUUGGUAAUAUUGAAAAAGCAUUCGAUUAUUGUCAAAAAUCGAUGAAAAUAUUAGAAAAAUUAUCUUGUAAUGACUAUAGUGCUAAUGCCUUUAAUUAUGAAAUAUUUGCUAAUGUAUAUUUAAACAAAGGUGAACAAGAAACAGCGAUAGAUUACUAUAAAAAAUCAUUAGAUUUAUUAAAAAUUACACAACCAAAUGAUCAUCGAAGUAGAGAACGAAUAGAAAAGAAAUUAGCCGAAAUGAAUUGUGAACAAAAUUUUGAAAUAUAA